UCACAAUCCUCAUAUGAGUAUAGGGACAGAAGCAGGCUUCCAACCAGCAUCAUCCACACCUGAGAACACUCAAAGACUCUGUAGCCAUCCCAUUCUGAAAAGAAACACAUUUUCCUCUUGACUUGACACUAUAAUACGGAGAGAAAGAAGUCAUCCAAGUUUGUGAUUGUGAGAGGGUCACCAUGUGGGACUUUACAGAGAUGACACUACUCCUGUCUUUCCUGGUGGCAGUGGCUGUGGCUCAAGGACCCAUCUGGAACAGCUCUCUGUUUAAGAAGUGGAGCCAGACAGAAAGGAGCAGGAAGCUGGCCUACAACACACUGACCGAGCCACAGCAGACCACAGGUGUGAAUGAAUGGACGUCCUGGUUCAACAUCGACCAUCCAGGGGGGAAUGGAGACUACGAGCGGUUAGAGGCCAUCCGGUUCUACUACAGGGAGAGGGUGUGUGUCCGGCCUGUGGCCAUGGAGGCCCGCACCACGGACUGGGUAGCAGCAGCAGAGACUGGGGAGGUGACCCACUCCAGCCUAGAGAAGGGCUUCUGGUGCAUCAACAAGGAGCAGCCCUACGGACGCAUCUGCUCCAACUACCACGUCCGCUUCCAGUGCCCACCAGUUCAGGCCUACUGGACAGACUGGGCCGCCUGGGGAACCUGCUCUGCUACAGCCUGUAAUGACGUGGGCAUCCAGGUGCGCAAGAGGAAGUGUAUGAGCAUCCAGCCCCUGCCCCUGCUGCUGGUGCCCCCAUGCCAGGGCCACCACACAGAGAGGGCGGAGUGUGCCACCCCACCAUGCGAAGCCAAGUGGACUCCUUGGAGUCCAUGGGGAGCAUGCUCGGCGACCUGUGGCAAGGGUCGCAGGAUCAGGAGGAGGACCUGUGUGAGAACCUCUGUGACAGUGCAGUGUGUGGGACGAGCGGCGGAAAUCCAGAAAUGUGGGAAAAAUCCAUGCCCCCCACCCAAUUGUAAUCGCGAGUGUCCCAAAGGUCGGCCCAGCGAGGACUGCAGUCGCUGUGUGUGUGAGGGGCACGUGCUCCAGGGAGAGGUCCUCAGUAUGUCCGGUGUCCCUGUAGCAGGGGCCAGGAUAGCGCUGGCCAGCCAGCCCAAGAUCAUCCACGCCCGCACUGACUCCAAGGGCCUCUUCAGACUCCCAGGGGUCUGCUCCAGCUCCCCCACCCAGCUCUACAUUCACAAGGAGAAGUUUGCCCCCGUUACCACCUCCACCUCCAGCAACAGCACUGGGUCAUCCUGGGUACGGGUGAUCCUAAAGUCUGCAGAGAAGCCAUAUGUUGUAAAGCACCCGGAGGACAAAGUACGCUACGAGGGACAGCGUGUGAUGUUGUGCUGCAAGGCAACAGGGUCGCCCAUGCCUGACAAAUACUACUGGUACCACAAUGGGACCCUACUAGAUAGGAAUGUGUUUAAAUACGAAGAGGAUCUGCUGUUGAGAGGCCUGAAGCCAGAGCAGACUGGACAUUACUACUGUAAAGCCAGCAGCCAAACAGGCAGCAGCAAGUCUUCACAGGCAUUCCUCACUGUUAUCGCUAAAGGCACACCGGCAUGCAACCCCACUCCUGAGAACCACCUCAUCAGACUGCCCAUGGACUGUGUUCAGCCUGGGACGGACUCUAUGUUAUACAACGCCGGCCGCUGCCCCCACAACAAGUGUGCAGGCUCCCUGGACUUUGACCUGCGCUGCAGGGAUGGAGGUGGCUACUGCUGUGGGGUCCAGAAGAUGGAGAGCCGGGUAAUAGACUGUGGGAGCUACAGCCUGCCCAUCAAAGCGGUAACUGAGUGUGGCUGCCAGAAGUGUGUAGUGCCCAAGGUGCUGGUACGUGGCAGGGUGGUCACAGCAGACAACGAUGAACCACUGCGUUUUGGGCACAUGUACAUUGGCAAGGAGAGAGUAGGCACCACAGGGUACAAAGGAGGCUUCACACUCAAUAUAACCCCAGACACAGAGAGGCUAGUAGUCAACUUUGUGGAUCCCACGCAGAAGUUCAUUGACACUCCUAAGGUGUUUAUCUUCGACAGGAGAGGGGGGUCUGUUUACCAUGACGUGAAGGUGAUGAGAAAGCAGGAACCUAUUGAUAUCAAUGCUGGAGAGACAAAUACCAUUGACUUAGGAGAAAUUAAAGGGGAGGACCCUAUUGGACAGAUCAUCAUACCUCCAAAUUCUUUCCACAGGAAUAAUGGGGAGGUGUACAAAGGUACAGUGAAAGCCAGUGUCACCUUCAUUGACCCCAGGAACAUCACCACAGCCGCUGCCGCUCCUGGUGAGCUCAACUUUGUGGACGAUGAGGGUGACAUGCUUCCACUGAGGACAUAUGGGAUGUUUUCUGUUGACUUCAGAGAUGAGGCGAACCAGGAAGUCCUGGGGGCUGGAGCGGUCCAAGUACUCCUAGACACGCAGCACGUCAAAAUGCAAGCUCACAUUCCCAAAAUGAAACUGUGGUCCCUCAACCCAGACACAGGUAUCUGGGAGGAGGAGAGUGACUUUCACUACACUCAGACCACAUCUGGUGGUAAUGGGAGGAGCAAGCGAGAGGAGCGCACUUUCCUCAUAGGUAACAUGGAAAUCAGGGAGCGUCGACUUUUCAACCUGGACGUGCCUGAGAACCGCCGCUGCUACGUCAAAGUGCGGGCGUACAUGAAUGACAAGUUCCUGAACACUGAGCAGCUGGAAGGUGUGGUCAUCAACCUGAUAAACCUGGAGCCCAAGCCUGGCUUCUCCUCUAACCCCAGAGCAUGGGGUCGCUUUGACAGUGUGAUAACCGGACCCAAUGGAGCCUGCCUGCCAGCCUUCUGUGAUGCCCAGGUGCCUGAUGCUUACACAGCUUAUGUCACAGGAGUUAUGGGUGGUGAAGAGCUGGAGGCAGCUCCCUCAACCCCAAAGAUGAACCCAAACAUCAUUGGAGUGUCUCAGCCAUACUUAGACAAGAUAGACUACCAGCGAUCAGACCACGAUGAUCCAGCUCUCAAGAAAACAGCCUUCAGAAUCAACUUGGCAAAACCCAACCCCAACAAUGUGGAAGAGACCAAUGGACCAAUAUACCCCUAUCAGAGUUUAAUAGACUGUGAAAAUGCUGGAGUCGAUGCCAACCACUUCCGAUUCUUCAGAGUGGAAAAGGACAAAUACGAAUACAAUGUUGUGCCCUUCCAAGAGAACGACUUAACAUCGUGGACGGGUGACUACCACUCCUGGUGGCCCAACCCUCAGGAGUUCAGGGCUUGCUACAUCAAGGUCAAGAUCCAGGGGCAAAAGGAGGUCAUGAUAAGGUCACAGAACCAUGGAGGCACUCACCCUGAGACCGCAGGUCAGCUGUACGGUAUAAGAGACAUCCGCAGCACCCGUGACAUGCAUGUGGCCAACACCUCCGCAGCUUGCCUCGAGUUCAAGUGCAGUGGCAUGCUCUUCGACCAAGCCGCAGUCGACAGGUCCCUCAUAUCAGUCCUCCCACAAGGAAACUGUCGGAGAGUGGGCGUCAACAGCCUGCUAAAGGAGUACCUGACCAAGCACCCCCCUACCUCACCGAACAACGAGUCCCAUGCCUUCAACAUGCUGGGCCCAGUCGACCCCUUGGGGCACAACUAUGGCAUUUACACAGUCACAGACCAGAACCCUAGGGUGGCAAAAGAGAUCGCCAUCGGACGCUGCUUUGACGGUACCUCUGACGGGUUCUCCAGGGAGAUGAAGUCAGACACUGGAGUUGCUCUGACCUUCAGCUGCCCAGAAAGGACUGUGACCAGGGAGAGUCUCUUCCAACGCCUCCAGACGAACCCCAGCCAGACUCUUUCUCAGAUGGCCCGGGACAUGCGGGAGGCGCAGGGGCUGCAGGUCCGGGGAAGGUCCUCCCGGGUGGUGACCUACCCCUCUGGUUCCAGCAGCCGCAGAUCCAGCUCCUCUACCAGGAGAAGAUCCACGAUGCGUGCACAGGACAGGCAGUAGAUCUGCCGUUAAGUCUUUGGGUUGGAAAUAAAGAAGAUGGCGUCCUCACAACCAAAUAAUGAAAUGUCAAGUUGGGUCAGCUUGGUGAUGUUGGAUGUGAACUUUCUCUGAACAGCACGGUACUCUAUUGAAACAGUAACCAUUCCGGCAAAACCACACGGAGGAGAGAAAUUAAGACAUGCAUUUUCUCUGAAACUUACUUGAAGGGUUUGGCAAUAAAUAUCCAUAUUAAUUUUAUUAUUUGAGAAGAACUACAUUUCUUUAGCUUUCAUCAGUCCAGCAAAGGACAUUAAUUUAAUUGGCGUUAAUAGGCUUUUAUGAAGGAAACGACAAAAUCAAUUUCUGAGAAAUCAAGUUUAUAUUUGGAUUUGUAGCGUUCCACAUUAACCAUUGUGGCCGUCUUUUCUGAUGUCUAUGAUCGCAUGAGUUAUAACCAACUGUAAAAGCCAGUCUAAAUGCUAAACACUUCCUAAUUGGCCAAAGCUUUCCAUUGUACUCACGAGUCCCUCAAAAUCAGAGGAACAUCAGGUCCUAGUGAUCCAGUCUGUUUGUAACAGACAGUGGGCCCCUUUUCUAGAAACCGGGAAGUAUUCUCUGCCAAGAAGAGGCCUAUUUAAGAUGCAUUGAGGUGCAAGGAAUUAUUGUUCUCUGAUCCUAGGACGCUCUUUUUAAUACUCUUGUUUCUAGGUUAAAAAAAAAAAAAUGUUUAGCAUGUCACAUUGCCAACUGCGAUCCAGACAAACUUUACUGUAACUUAACUACAACAUGCAUCAGGACCCUAGCCAAGACAAGCAUCCCUUAACGGAUCUCACCAGUAGACUAAACAGAGCCUGCGGUAUGGGACCUGGGAGAAGAGAUUGUGAGGAAUGACACAAUUACCUUCAGCCCUCACUUCCCAAAAAGUCCCCAAGUACUCAUCCAACACACCUCUGUCUGUUCUUCAACAUCCCUUGUACGUUACUGUCAGGAAUGUAAAAAACAAAACAAAUAAACAACAGACAUGAAAACCCUAUUUAUACAUAGCAGAGAAUUAGCUAGACUAAUUCUGAGACUGUAUUGUUGUUUGGUGUGGGGGGAUGUCUGUCUUUGUCUCAUGAAGUGCAAUAGCUAUAUUAAAUUUUGACUUGAGA